CGCAUUUUGGCAAUUGCAUUUCAUCCCUGCUGAUCGGAACUAGUUCGCCACCGCUGCGAUGGGCAUCUAUUACACGAUGAAAUGCUCGACGCUGCUCGAGAAAGUCGGGAUCUCCCGCAAGUACAUGGCGAUCGAAGUGCGUCCGCACGACCAAGCGCUAGUGUUCCUCAACACCAACACCAGCGUCGCUGUCGACGACAUCACGAAAAUAUCGUGGGAACCCAACUUGAAGCUCAAGAUGGUGCUGUCGCCGCGCGACAAAGUAUGCGUCAAGUUUGAAGGCGCUAGCGACCUCCGUGCAUUUUUGGGCGACCUGAACCUCGACAUUCCAGUCUUAUGCGACACUGGCGGCGGCAUCUGCGCUGGCAGCUACACGCCACGAACCAUGACUGGUGUCCGGCCAACCGAGCGCGCGUCCGAGUUGCUCGGUACGAUUAUGGAAAACAUGCGCACACAUUCAAAGCGAAGAAAUUCCAAAUCGUACACGUUCGAUCGAGGAGCAUUCAGUGCCGCCACCACGCGCGGGUCCCUCGAAUUCCGUGGCCCCACAGCAGGCAGUGCCGGCACAUAUUAACUAUUUAAAUCCAAGAUGAAUUAUGUCCA